AUGGGAGCAACAAAAGUGGCAGACCAAACGGUCGAAUCAAUUGUUCAGAUUACUGCGGACCCCAUUGAGACUGGGCAAGAGCCUAAAGAAACCACUACAGAGCCUGAGGAUGUGACGAUUUCCAGUGGUGCCCCGGCCGAAUCAGGCACGGGCGCAGUGCCAAUACCUUUGACUGAUCUGGAUCAAGGUGUUGUUGGAUGGGAUAGUCAGGAUGACCCUGCAAUGCCAAUGAACUUCCCCAAAGCUCGCAAGUGGGUCCUGCUCAGCCUGGUCUCCUUGAUCACCUUCAUCUCACCCCUAGCCACGACUAUCGUGGCGCCGGCCGCCUCAUACAUUGAUGCAGACCUCCACAAUUCCAGUUCUAUUUUGUCCAGUUUUGUGACUUCAGUCUAUCUCCUAGGUUAUGUCGUUGGGACUCUUCUUAUGGGCCCGGCGAGUGAAAUCUGGGGACGUCGCCCGGUAAUGUCUGUUGCGAACUGGUCGUUUGUCGUCUGGCAAAUCUGCUGUGCGGAGGCACCUAGCAUUGGUGCUCUGAUUGGCUUUCGAUUCCUGGCUGGCAUUGGUGGUUCAGGCUGCAUGACCCUCAACGGUGGAGUAGUCGCAGAUCUGUUUGUUCCCGAGGAACGCGGUGGUGCCAACGCCAUCGCGGCCUUGGGAGUUAUAUUCGGCCCUGUGCUCGGCCCCGUUUGUGGAGGCUUCAUUGCACAGCGGGCAGGAUGGCGAUGGGUGUUCUGGACGAUCUGUAUUGUCAGCGGAGUGAUCAGCAUCACGAUCGAAGUGCUCAAUCGCGAAAGCUACGCUCCCGUGUUGAUCGCUCGGAAAACCGCCCGGUUGUCCAAGGAGCUUGGACGUGCCGACUUACGAUCUUGCUAUGACAAGAAUGUCAAUGACCGGCCACAGACCUCUUGGCAGAAGAUGAAGCAGGAUCUCACACGGCCGCUACGCAUGCUCUUCUUCUCACGCGUCGUCGCCAUCUUUUCCACUUAUAUGGCCUUGAUAUACGGACUCUUUUACAUCCUCAUCACAACUGUCACCACCGUCUAUAGCGACACUUAUCAUUGGUCCCCUGAGAUAACGGGUUUGGCAUAUUUGGGCCCAAGUUUAGGGUUUCUGUUAGGGCUCAUGUUCAUUGCCCCAACCAGCGACAAAUUGAUAGUCAAGUUGACCAAGGAGAACAAGGGGAUUUAUGAGCCCGAGAUGCGACUCCCCUUCAUCGUUGUAUUCGGCACUUUGGUCCCCAUCGCUUUCUUCUGGUACGGCUGGACAGCUGAGUAUGCCGUCUUUUGGAUUGUGCCACUAAUCGGUCUGAUGCCCUUUGGCUUCGGUAUGCUGGGCAUCUUCUUCUCCAUCCAGAUGUACAUGAUCGAUGCCUUUCCGAGGUAUGCUGCCUCUGCUAUGGCUGCUCUCACGGUGUCCAGAUCUCUCCUCGGCGCUUUAUUGCCCCUUGCAGCUCCCCCUCUAUACAACCGUCUUGGUUUAGGCUGGGGGAAUACGCUGCUUGGAUUUAUUGCUCUACUCAUGGUUCCAGCUCCAUAUUAUCUUUGGAAGACCGGUCACCAUUUGCGGACAAAAUACCCGAUUGAACUGUGA